AUGGAGACUCCCACGCCGCCAGAAGAUCAAGAGCUGCGCAACGUGAUCGACAAGCUCGCCCAGUUCGUGGCUCGCAACGGUCCCGAGUUUGAGAAGAUGACCAUGGACAAGCAGAAGGACAACACCAAGUUCUCCUUCCUGUUCGGCGGCGACUAUUUCAACUACUACAAGUGCAAGCUAGCACAGGCGCAGCAGCAGCAUCCCUCAACCCGCGAUGGGGAGGAGUUUAAAUCCGAAGAGCUGUACAACCCGGGCGCCUUGGACGUGGGGGACAUCCCGCCGCCUCCCGUGGCUAUGUUGGCGCCGCCGGGCUCCGCCUCCACACCCGCCACGCCCGCCAUGGAUGACAUCAUCCAGCAGAGUCUGUGGAACCUGCAGCACCAGGAGCAACAUCUGCACACGCUCAGACAGGAACAAGUGAGCACGGCCAUCGCGACGGCAGCCGAGCGUCAGAUCGAAAAAUUGAUCUCAGAGACCAACCUGGACAUCACCGAAAUGGACAACCUACUACAGCCCAUCAUCGAGACGUGUACCAAAGACGCCAUAUCGGCCGGUAAGAACUGGAUGUUCAACAACGCCAAGACGCCGCAGCACUGCGAACUGAUGACUUCGCACCUUCGCAACCGCAUCACCGCCGAGGAAGCGCAUUUUGAGCUCCGCCUCCAUCUCAUCUACCUGACCAAUGACGUGCUGCAUCACUGCCAGCGCAAGCAGCAGAAGGACUUGCUGGCAGCUCUGCAGAAGGUGGUGGUCCCCAUCUACUGCACUAGCUUCUUGGCCGUGGAGGAGGAGAAGCAGCAGAAGAUCACCAGGUUGUUGCAGCUCUGGGAGAAGAACGGAUACUUUGAUGAGGAGACUAUUCAGCAACUACAGAAUCCAGCUCUUGGUCUGGGACAAUAUCAGGCGUCGCUGAUCACCGAGUACGCCAGUGUGGUCCAGCCCAUCCAGUUGGCCUUCCAGCAGCAGGUCCAAGUCCUCAAGAACCAACACGAAGAAUUUGUAGCCAGCCUCAAGAAGAAACCCGCGCCGGCCGCCGAGGCCGAAAAGCCUGUCCCCGCGCAAGCAGCCGAGGCCAAGCCCCCCGCGUCGGGCGGUCCGCCGCCGGCGGAGUUUGAAGAGGCCCCAUCGCGAUCCCAGGAUUCCGGCAACUCCGGCGGCGCCUCGGAGCUCCCCCCGAAGCCCGCCUGGUAUGACCCCCAGCACAUGGGCCCGUGGAACCCCAACCAACCGCCGCCUUUCGACCCCAAUCAGCCGCCCCCGCCGUGUCCGCCCUGGAACAGCCACGAGGGCAUGUGGAACGAGCAAAGGGAGCCGGGCAACUGGAGCGGGGGUCCGCCCAGGGAAUCGGGGCCCUGGAGCGGUCCAGAGCCCGGUCCCCCUUCUUGGAACUCGUACGAUCAGCAGCCUCCGUGGGGCAACCAGCCCGAGCAGCCGCCCUGGGGCCAAAGGGAGCCGCCCUUUCCACCCCGCAUGCAGAGGCCGCCCCAUUUCCGAGGGCCCUACCAGCAGCCGCCGCCCUUCAACCAGCCCCCGCCGCCACACUCUUUCGGACGCUUCCCGUCGCGCUUCAUGCAGGACGACUUCCCUCCCCGCCACCACUACGACCGCUCGCCCUACACGCCCCAUCGCUUCGACUACUCGCAGGGUGACUUCCCAAGAGACAUGCCGGGCCCGCCGCCCCCACCCCAUCACUCCAACCAGAGGCACCCUCCCUCGGGCAUGGGCGGCGACCACCCUCCGUGGGGCGGGGCCCAGCACCAGGACUACGGCCCGCCUCCUCCGCACGGCUUCAACGGCCACUCGCCGCACGUGCGCCACCGGCAGCCGCCGCUCCCCGUCCAGGACGACCCCAGCCUGGUGCCCAACGUUCCUUACUUUGAUCUUCCCGCCGGACUGAUGGCACCGCUGGUCAAACUGGAGGAUUACGACUACAAAGCGCUGGAUCCUAAAGACAUCCGCCUGCCGCCACCCAUGCCCCCGAGCGAACGGCUGCUGGCCGCCGUGGAAGCCUUCUACAGCCCCCCCUCUCACGACCGACCCCGCAACAGCGAAGGCUGGGAACAGAACGGCCUGUAUGAGUUCUUCCGGGCCAAGAUGAGAGCACGCAGGAAAAAGGGACAAGAGAAGCGCAACAGUGUUCGUGUGAGCAGUCGUUCCAGGAGUCGCUCCGGCAGCCGGGGAAGAUCCUCCUCACCGUCCAGUUCUCGAUCCUCCAAGUCCCGGUCCCGGUCAAGAUCUCGGUCCAGAUCUCGGUCCUCCCGCUCCCGAAGCCGCUCCCGAUCCUACUCUCGUUCCAGGUCGAGGAGCGGAUCCAGGUCGUCCCGCAGUCGCUCCCGCUCCAGGUCACGCUCGCGCUCACCCACAAGGAGGCGCCGAGGACAUAAGUCACGCAGCUCCUCGCCACCCUACACGUCGGCAGCGGGCGGCGCCCCCCCUAAAGGUCCCCCGGACCCCCGCCUGGGCGAGGAGAACAAAGGACAUCAGCUGCUCAUGAAAAUGGGCUGGAGCGGCUCCGGCGGGUUGGGCGCCAAGGAGCAGGGCAUCCAGGACCCCAUUAAAGGCGGCGACAUCCGCGAUAAGUGGGACCAAUACAAGGGCGUGGGCGUCUCCCUGGACGACCCCUACGAGAACUACCGCAGGAACAAGAGUUUCAAUUUUGUGGCGCGAAUGAAGGCGCGAGAGGAAGUCAACCGAGAACCUCAGGAGGCUCCUCCCGCUGAGUGA